CUGACAAAAGCUGCCACCGCUAGAAAAAAAAAGUUGCAAAAAAACGGCUCAGUUUGUUAUUUUGUGUUGCGAGAUUUUAAAAGUGAUUAAACUGGAAUUGUACGAUAAGAACGCUUAGAAACAGAGCAGGAAAAUGUUCAAUGGUUCACCGCAUCCACAUUAGCCAGCUCAUACGCCACGUUCAAAGUUCAAGCAGCAUCCGCAGCAGUCCAUUCCGCACUCUUGAGUCAUGUCGUGGAUGGCCUUUGGAGCCCUGGCCUCCGGGUUUGUUCUUCAGCGCCUGCUGGGAGGCGAUCAGCCGGCCAAUAAGGUCUUGGAGAUAAAGAGUGAAUCACUGGGAACGCUUCAGGUUUUGGCCCGCGAUGACGCGAUGGUGCUGUUUGCACCACCCUACAACAGCAACGAUAAGCGUGCCGUAUACGAGAUCAUCCUGCAGCGACCCACCUCGGACUCCAAUACCACGUCCUUUAGUCUGUACCGCUCCCCAGUGCAGCAGGAAGCCGAGGAACGCUUCAAUGCCUUCAUGCAAAGGCUGCCCGUGUUCGUCAGCAUUGUCAAAGAGUACUACAAUGUUAAUGGGCUGCAAAAGGCCUGCGAUGCCCUGGCGGAGAAUCCCUCCUGGACGCUGUCCCAUUUGAUUGCCUACUUCAACCUGAUCGAUUAUAUCAGCAAUCCCAAGAUGCUGCAGUGCGUGGACCAGGCGGAUGCCACCUGCAUGAUGUCGCCCUUCCAGCUGGCCAUCAAACAGGGCCACAUAGAGAUGGUGAAGGCCUUGCUGCCCUUGAGCAAGCUGGAGCACUUGGAUGUCAACAGCAAUUCGGUGUUUCACUAUGCCGCCAGCACCACCAAAGAGAUUAUCAAUCUUAUCACGGACAAGAGCACAGUGAACCUGAAUCACCUCAACUCGGAUGGAUAUACACCCCUUCAUGUUGCCUGCCUCACCGACAAGCCGGAGAACGUGAAGGCGCUGCUCCUGGCUGGCGCCGAUGUCAAUCUCAAUGCUAAAAACAUCAGCAAGCUGUACAAGACGUCCGCACCCACUUCGGUGGCCACUUUUCUGCGCACGAACAUAAGCAAACUCUACACACAAGACAUGAAAUAUGGUGGCACUCCUCUGCACUGGUGUUCCUCCCGAGAAACCCUUCAUGCCCUCAUCAUGGAGGGCUGUGAUGUCAACUCCACGAACUUUGAUGGACGCACCGCUCUGCACGUGAUGGUGGCCAGGAAUCGCUUUGAGUGCGUAGUCACACUGCUGGCCCACGAUGCGGAAAUCGAUGUGCUGGACACGGAGGGGAACGCAGCUCUGCACAUCGCCAUCGAAAAGAAGCUGGUGCCGAUUGUCCAGUGUCUGGUAGUUUUUGGCUGUGACAUCAACCUGAAAAACAAGGAUGGCAAAAGCCCUCGCCACAUGGUGGGCAAUGAUGCCAGUGGCAACAAAGAAGACGAAAUCCUCUACAUACUACACUCUGUAGGAGCAAAACGCUGCAAGGAGACUGGGUCAAAGUGUCCGCCGGGUUGCAAUGCCAAGGGCAACUACAAUGGCAUACCGCCGGAGGCACCGGAAUCUGUGGAACAGCGAGAGCAUAUUGAAAACAUGCUGGCCACCACAAGUCGACAAGUGAUGGGCGGUUUCCUGGGAGCGGCGGCCAAUGGAAUUCUGGAGAAGCCACCACCAGCGCAAAAGCCAGUUGUGGUGGACACUGAAAAAGAAUUGAAAGGCCAGAGCAUAAUGGAUGCCCUGCUGGGCAUGUUCACUACCAAGGUAAAUGCGGACGAGAUGAAGAAGGACAAUUCUUCCGGCAGCUUGGCCAGCGGUUCGGGUACGCCCGCCUCAGCCGCGGCCAGUCCGGAGCAGUUGCCCUCGCCCACGUCGCCCUUUAGCGCUGAAAUUGGCGACAAGCCCUACGGCCGAGGGCGUCUACUUUGCCUGGAUGGUGGCGGCAUUCGGGGACUGGUCUUGGUACAAAUGCUUCUCGAAAUCGAAAAGCUAUCGCGCACACCAAUAGUCCACAUGUUCGACUGGAUUGCCGGCACCAGCACGGGCGGAAUCCUGGCAUUGGCCUUGGGCUGCGGCAAAACGAUGCGCCAGUGCAUGGGACUCUAUUUGCGCAUGAAGGAGCAGUGCUUCGUGGGCUCACGGCCCUACAACAGUGAGUGUUUCGAGUCCAUUUUGAAGGACAACCUGGGCGAGUUCAACGUGAUGACGGAUAUCAAGCACCCAAAGAUCAUGGUCACCGGUGUGAUGGCUGACCGCAAGCCCGUCGAUCUGCAUCUAUUCCGCAACUAUACGAGUGCCAGUGACAUUCUGGGCAUUGUGACUUCCAUAAACAACCGCAGAAUUCCGCCGCCACUACCGCAGGAGCAGUUGGUGUGGCGUGCUGCCCGCGCCACCGGAGCGGCUCCUUCAUAUUUCCGCGCUUUCGGUCGCUUCCUCGACGGAGGCUUGAUAGCCAACAACCCAACGCUGGACGCCAUGACCGAGAUUCACGAGUAUAAUAUGGCUCUUCGCAGUGCUGGACGCGAAGCAGAGGCCAUACCUGUUUCUGUGGUAAUGUCGCUGGGAACGGGUCACAUCCCGGUGACUGAGCUGAAGGACAUUGAUGUCUUCCGACCGGAAAGCAUCUGGGAUACAGCCAAACUGGCCUACGGCAUCUCCACCAUUGGCAACCUGCUGGUGGACCAGGCCACCUGCUCCGAUGGAAGAGUGGUCGACAGAGCUCGCGCCUGGUGCAGCACCAUCGGAAUACCCUACUUCAGGUUCAAUCCUCAGCUGAGCGAGGACAUUGCGAUGGAUGAAAAGGAUGAUCAGAAACUUAUUAAUAUGCUGUGGCACACCAAGGCAUACAUGCACGCAAAUCGCAACAAGAUCAUUGAGACGAUCAACUUCCUGAAAUAGCAUGCAAGAAGGAUUUAGACCACAUUUGCUGUAGAGAUUUCUUCUCAGAGGGAUCCUUUCGACUAUCGUCUGUGUACUUUAUAUUCGUUUCACUCCUUUUCGUUUUCUUUGAGCACCUUUUCUGCGGUCUAAAUCAGCCCACUCGCUGGGACUUCCCCCAAUAACACCGAACACUCCCACCACCAAACCUGAAAAAUGAAUCUGUGUUUUCCCCUGUAGUCUUUGAUUUUCCCACUCCCGAGGCUUUAUCUCCUGGAUUACCAAACGAAUUACGCUUUGUAUGUUGUGUUAUUGGAUUUAAGAAAGAACUUUGUCGCUCACAUUAAUUUCGAAAUUUGUAUUAUUAACGCCCAUGUAUUGUGUGUAACCCUCCAAUUGAAUUUCAAGUCGAAUUGUUUACUGGAAAACGACAUUCCGUGCCGCUUUGUUAGAAAAUGAAUAUAUGUAAUCAAGCACGAAUUAUGAAUAAAAUUUUUAGAUGUUUUAA